ACCACAGAUCACCGUCACUACCGAUUCACUGAUCCGCGCACGACAGAUAGCCUCUACACCUGUACUCUCGUUCCAACAAACGAGAGUUUGUUGUGAUAACAACUGAUGAAAAUGGCGGCUAAGGCGGUGGCGUUGAUCCGACAAGUAGCGAGUUUCUCGCAGAGAUUAUCUCUUAGGCCAUCUCUGAUCGCGGGACAUUUCAAGGUGCCUAUGCUAGUAGGAGAGGUUCGAUUUGGUAGCUUGACCUGUCCCUGCAGACUGUAUUGUACAGGUACAUCAGUGAAUGAUGUAUCUGUAAAGUACCGCGAUGGCUUACCUGUGAUAUCUGUGCCAUUGCCAUCUCGUCGGGAAAAUUGCGACUUCACCCUCAAACCCAUCACGCACACAGUUGGGGAUCUCUUAAAAUAUAUACAGGAGGAGGAUGGAGGCAUUGACAGGGUAGCCGUAUAUUCAAGUGAGGGGAACAAAGUGGCGAAAUCUACAACCAUUGAUAUAUUAUUGAGGUCUAACUUCACAUUGAAAGUCAAUGAUACCUCUUACAACAUCAGCCCACCUGAAAUAGAUGGGUUAACCUCUCAUGAAGAUGUUCACAGGUUUGAUGAUGUCAAAGCCACAUUAAGCCAACUCUACUCCACUUUAAACAUUGAAGAAUAUCAGCUAAAGAAAGAACAAGAGUUGAUCCAAAGACUAGAGGAUUUGAAAGUAGAAUUACAGCCUUUAGAAAAGAAAAAGCUUGCCCUGGAGGAGGCUGCCAAUAGGAGAACUGCGCUGUUGUCAUGGUUAGGCCUGGGUCUAAUGGGCUUACAGUUUGGGGUUUUGGCCCGGCUCACAUGGUGGGAGUACUCCUGGGAUAUCAUGGAACCUGUCACUUAUUUUGUUACCUACGGCACAACGAUAGCUAUGUAUGCGUACUUUGUGCUCACAAAGCAGGAAUAUAACUUCCCUGAUGUGAAGGAUCGUCAACAUCUUCUGUUCUUCUAUAAAACUGCUCGCCGACAGAAGUUAGAUAUAAAUCGCUACAAUCAGCUAAAAAAUGCGAUAGCUGUUGCCCAGUUGGACUUGGACCGUCUUCGUGACCCCCUCCAGCUUCACCUGCCCAUCCAGCCUCUUGCCAGGAAAGGAGUAUAGCAUGUGUACAACCCUAGAUCACUCUUUCUGUACUGGGUACCCCAGGGAAUAACAUGGAGACAAACCCUGAAGACGUGGCCAUUUUAGCACCAAGAUCACCUUAGAUACUGAUACUGUUACUAAGGCACACGUAUUGAUAUAUGGUACAUGUAUUAGCAUUUUUAGUUAGUUUUGUGCUAAUAUCGUUCUGGAAGAAGAGGGCCCAGAACGAUCAUGAUGGCUAGAAAAACGUCUAUUUUCAGCCAGUCGGAGUGAAUGUACAUGUACUACAGUACGGCCAUUAUAUGUGCCCGUAGAUGUAGGUGAUCUAUAUAUUGUAGAUAAGAUAUACAUACAUCCUUACAUGUAUGUGUAUGGUAACUACCAAAGCUUUGGAUUCUUUCCAUACUUUUAGCAUGUUCUAUUUUUAAUUUUUUUCUUUUUGCAUGUAGCUUAAUUUAAUUUGUGCAGAGUAAACCGUCUGUUGAAAUCCAAUUUCCCAGAUGUCUUGGCUAUUUAUACAUUCAUUAGAAAACUCUCCAUUUACAACAACAUGCAGCUGUUGAUGCACCCUUUGAUGAAUGACAAGUUAAAAUGAGUCAAUGUGAUUACAAGGAAAUGUUUAGAGAUUGAUCCAUGAAACAGGUGAGGAGGUAAAAUAUAUAAUGUACCUUUUUAACUGAAUGCACACAAAUGCACAAGCGUAUUUAAACAGGCCUCCCUUUUAUUUUGUUGGUGCCUUUCGCGUAUAGAUUUAUCUCCAUAUUUUGAUUUCUAACGCUGGUGCUCUUCCUCAUAGCAGUUCUCUUCGUCAUUAUGUAGCAACUGAGAUUGCUCUAUAUAGGGUACAUUGUCAUUCUGUUUAUAAAAGUCUGUCUCUGUACUGUGAAGUCAAGCUCCUGUACUGUCUCUCUUCUAGGGUAUUUUUCUUUUCUUUAUUAUCUGUUUGGAUGUGCUUGAUUGAUCAAUGUAUGUUGCUAUUUAACUUCUCCAUUUUUUUGUUAUAUUUAUAUGUGUAAUUAUGAAUGUUUUUUAAGAGUUGCAACCUUUGUGAACUAAAUUGUAAAUGCAAAAUGGUAAUUUCUUUAAUAAGCUCAUAUCGUUGUUACUGGCUUAAGAAUUCUUUUCUUAAGCAUGAAGAAACGCCUUUUUUCUAUUUUUUUCACCAGUGUUCUUCAACAAGUAUUUUUUGGCCUUUGUUUAUUUAUUUGUUCUUAACACCAACCAAAGUGUACAAGUCAAAGAAUCACAUCAGUUGGUCAUGUUUUCCCAUAAUUAGAUCAACUCAGGCUUCAAGGAACGUUUAUAUUGUACAGGUAAUAUUGUACAGGUAAUACCGUGCAUAUUACCCAAAUUAUUGGAAUAGCUUAUUUUGAGAAUAAUUCUACAUACAUGAGUUUACAUCAUAUGGACAAGUAGAUAACUGUUUGGAACAUAACAAACUCUCAGUGUGCUGAUGUAGCUAUAAUUGGCUAGGCCAAUGCCAACGCCACCAAACCCCAUUUAUUGAAUGGUCAGGCAGCACCAUGUGGCUUUAUUCACGUUCCAAAUGCAAAGCUGUGAGCUUGUGUAUUAGCUGGAUGGACUUUAUGAUGGAUGAGAGAUAGACUGUAAUUUUUUUUAUUCUGAUCAAGAUGCUUUGUAUGUGUAGCUUGUGAACAUGAAAUGGGUCAAACCUAGAUUACAAACCCUGUUCAUUCCAGAAGUGGUUCUCAGAUUUGUACUACAGUGCACUAAUGCUCUAAUUACCAGUGACCAGCUUGACUCUCAGUAGAAUCUCUCCCUUUUGUAACAGUAGUAUUGCACAUUUAUGAUGCUUCAAGCAAUUGUCGUUGUAUUAGAAUUAUUAUUAAAUGGUCAUUAAUUUUUAUUUUGAUACUGUAGUUCUGAAAUGUGAAAGAUGGCUGUUGUUGGCCUUAAAAAAGCCAAUAGCAGUUCUUAUCCUUUGUUUGUGAAAGAUAUGAAGACAUAAAACCCUGUAUUUAUCUUUAUAUUAGGUAGGUAACAUCAUUAUUUAUAUGCCAUUUAUUUUGUAGAACAACUUAAAAGUAAUCUUUUCCACAUUUGUUAGUUAUUGUGAAUUUCGUGUUAUUCCUCACUGGUUUGUGAUGUAUAUGAUAUAUUCCCAUUCUGGCCACUGAUCAAUCCCAGUAAUACUGCCAGACCAGUUUGGUGCUGUAUUGACACGAAAUAGCGGUAGUUGAAAGAAUCGUUUUCCAUUUGAAGGGACACAUCCCAAUUUCAACAUCAGGCAUGUAUACAGCAGCUAGUCUAUAUGUGUCCUAAACAGCUAUACUAUCAAGGGCAUUUACCCAGGAUUUUUAUAUAGAUAACCAAUUCAGAAGCUAUAGAGCAUUUCCAGUACCAAUGCAGUCUGUAGUCUGGCAAAUCCAGGGCUAAAUAAGCCAUUAAUCUACUGUCUGCCUUCAGGCAGGACUAAGACUGGACAGCAAAGUGGGAUUAUCCAAAUAUAAUUUGAGGGUAUCAAUCAAGCAUGUAUUUGUGCAACAUGUACAAACUAUCGUGUGUUCUAUGGGCUAUUCCUGUGUCGGCAUACAAGUCUGAUAUGUUUGUAAAACCCAAGCUUCCGACAGAAGAUAUGUGAACUUUAACCAUGAUGUAUAGGCUGACAGUAAUGGUACGCCAGUCUGCACAGUUUACAGGGUUAAUGGAAGUUUUUUCUCGCAAGCAUGUGGGUGUUGAUCUCACAUUGGGUAUAAACACUGGAUAGCUGACUGGCUGGGUGUUUUUUUGUUUUUUUUUAAGCAAUAGUAAUAAUCUGGCUUGACAAAUUGGUCGUCUUGGUUGUGCUGUCUGCUAUCUGGCUGCUGUAAGUCAGUAUAGAUAUUGAACUAAGUGCCAACACUGCUCUACCACAUUUGUACUGUACCAUAGAGCCAUUCAGCCCUGUUCUGUGACCAGACUGCUGAUCUCUCUACUAAUAGAUGCUUAUUGUUAUUCUUCAGCCUCACAUGAGUGAAUUCUAUAUCUGUACAUGUAUAUAUCAAUACUCUACCACACCGGAUGAUGAAAGGGAAUUAAAGCAAGGGACUUUAGUAACGAUAUAUUGGAACACUGGUGUAACCUGCACAUAUAAGUAUUACUCACACUAUAAAGCUCCCUCAAGAAGCCACAUCUAUGUACGAUCUGCACAGAGCUAUUCCAGAUGGCCGGUUAAGUGAUGUUCACUGGACUGAUACGUGUCUCAGCUUAAUCACUUCAUCUUAUGUUCUAUACUGAUUUUGUCUGAUGUUAUUCAGUAUGUAUGUAAUUAGAUCCCCAGAUAUAUAAAGUUGCUCAACAACUUCAGUGUUAACCUACAUGUAACCGAGUGCCUUGAAUGAAGAUAUUUCAUCAUAGAAAACCUUCUGUACACUGCUGUACAUUGCUCUGGGGGUGUAUAUAGGUGGGUAUCCCAGUUCAAUCUUAUUGUCUAAAUGUAUCUGAUACUUUAAUAUUUUAGUGAAUCUAGUUGUUGGUAAUUGUGUAAUACUGUAUAGUAAUGUUGUGCAUGAGGUUUGUGGUGGCCCUGUACUAACAGACGCGCAUGUAUAUAUGUAUGUGGAUGUACUGUAUUGUAGGUUAUACUUUUACAUCAAGCACUUUCAGGUAGUUUCAGGUAGCUUUGUCUCAACACAAAAGCUAUGUCACAUGGUACUAUUCAGCCAAAAUUCUGCUUUUGCUUACUGUUUUGAAGAUAGAGGGAUAUCUGAUACAGGACAGUGCAUAUUGAUUCAGUAUAGACAUUGCUUAUAAUUUUAGCCAUUUUCAACAUCAAUUAUUUCAAAUUUUUAUGAAGUAUAUGUAUUGGAUAUAAUUUAACCCAUUUUCAAGAAAAUUAUUUCAAUUAAUACUGAAGAAUUAAAUGAAUUAAUACUAAAGUAUUAAGUCAACGAUGUAUUAUCUUUCAUCAUUUGUUAGUUAUUGCGGUGUCCUCUUUCGUUGAGGAAUCGAAACAUUAUUGCAUACAAUAAUCAAGCAUAUUGAAGGUUGGUACCUAUACAUGUACGUGUAGUCAUACUUGUACCAAUGUUAGUCAUCACACAGCCUAAACAUCAUCACCACUUUCGCCAAACUCAAAACUUUCGCUGGAAGGUGGCAAAGUUGGAACUACUACACUUUUGAAAAUGUUUUGGUGAUGAAUUGAAAAAAAGAUGUGUGUAGGUAUUGGGCAUUAUCUGCUUGACUUUUUUGUUGAUAGAAAUACGUGUACUUGUACCUGAUAUUAUGAAAAAGGCCUGUUUCACUGCCACCUAAUAUGGUAAAAUUUUGUAACCACAUUAGCCGGUCUAUAAAAUCCAUACUCUUUGUCAUACAUGUAGGUGUAUAGGCCUAGAUAUAUUGAGCUUAACAAUUAAUGAUCUUCCAGGCUUUGUUUGUGGUUGUGGUAGUUUUACAAUGUUGGCACUAAGACGUGUAAGAAAGCAGGUAUGUGUAGAGAACUUCAUCGUUACAUUAACUCCAACACCUGACUGUGAUUUAUUGCAAACAUUUUGCUAUUAAGAGGCCUUUAGGUUGUUGUCGCUGAUAUGCACUCUACACAGGUUUGUGGUGUACCUCAUCAUUUUGUAUUACAUAGAAUAUUGUAUUCUGGCUCACAACAAAUGUAAUGCUAUGCCAUGAGAGUGUACUUUUUUUUUUUAAAUUGCGAAGAAAAAGCAACUGAUCAGCUCACACAAAUUUAUGUUUUAUUGUGUACUGAAGUGUGUAAGUAGUGUUCUUUGAGUCAGAAGUGCAUAUCAGGUCAAGAUGACUUCCACAUGCAGCCAUUUUGGAUCUCUAACAUCAGAAAUUCCUGGUCUUUUCUAAAGUGUGUCCCUUUCACUGUAUGCACUGAACCAUGAAAGUCUUAUUACAGAUGAUCUACCAUGGCCGCAGACCAAAUGCAUGUCAUCUGUAUGGCUGAGAACUGGCUAAUUGUCAGCUUGUGUAUGUCAGUUGAGAUACUUGUAAUGUCCUCACGCUAGAUGUAGCCUAAAGGUUUGAGCUGUAUGGCAGCACUGGGCACUUGGAUGCACUCAGUUACUGAUGUUAACUUUGGGCUUGCAUGCUCUCUUGGUCUCUAAAACAGGAUAACUUUGUACUGAAUGACAACCAUAAAUCCCAUGACUCUGGCUAAUAUGAGAUAUGAAAUUGAUAUUGAGAACAUUGAUUUAGUUUAGCGUGAGAAUUACAUAACGUACCGUCCCUAAUUGCUAUGUUAAUGUACUAUUCUUUGCUUAUUGGACUGAACCAAAGGGUGAUAAUAUUUAUUCAUCUAUAUAUAUUUUCUUGAGACCUUUAUCUGCACAAUUUUCCUAUUCUGUAUGCCAUGCACAUACAUGUGUUACUGUGUAAGGCUAUUUAAAGUUAAUAUUCGUUGCGUAACAAAAUUGAAUUAAAUGCAUGUUGUGUUUGGAUCGAACCAGUGGCCCAUAAAGACAAUAUUUUCUUCAUAUUGCAAAUAAAAUAUAGAAGUUAUUACAUUA